AUGGCCGUACGGGUGCACUGGCUUAUUCACGGCAUGGAAGAGAUUGAAGAAGACCAUUUGGUGGCGUACAGCAUUUCGAUUUUGUACUCUACCUCUGUGGGCAUCUCGUUCACCACCUCGAUUGCCGCGGGAUGGGACGAUCCAGUUCGUUUCAAUGCGAACCAUCUUCGCUCCCUACAGGAACACGCUGAGCUUCCGGACCUGGACGGCGUGACCUUCAACGAUGACCAGCGCAGCGUCAUUUCCAGCAUCAUGCUGCACCCCGAAGUUACCGCUACCGACAAAUAUACAGCUUUGGGCGAACAAAUUCACUGCGGGUUUACAAGCAACCUCGUGCAGCAGCUAGAACAUGCCUACAACCAGGGACAAGUCUUAAGCACAUCACAGCUAUAUAACCGACUGGCUACAAAGCAUUUCAUCACCCAAGGUGGAGUACCGGAGCUGGAAGCCAUGCCUAUUUUUCUCCAGCACCACGAUGAGCAUAUCACUCCGGUUUUUCUUAUGCUCAGUAAUGUCGGCACUCGCCAGUCAUGGAAUCCACCCCCUACUCUAGAGGUGAUGCUACAACCAGUCAAUGUGAUUCUAUCUGUAUACCUUGAUGACACAGACAUCCAAACACUGGGUGCUAUGCAGGGUUGGAUUGGAGGUUGCCCAUACAACGUGGGCCACGUCAGAGUCGAUAAAGUCUAA